CUGAUAUCGGGAAGUUCAGAUUUGUCUUGAUUAAAGUCGGUUUUGCCGCAAAACUUUGGGUUCUAUAUUGAUAAUGAUGAGCAUACUAAGUCAAAUUGAUGAAAAGCUAGCUGAUUGGGCUUAGUCGCCCUAACUACAGCUUCCUGAGAGUGAGAUCAGUCAAAAUGAAGAAAUCUAAAGCUGGCAAGAAGGCUGCUCCUGCACCUGGUCCAAGUCGUAAGGCGAUCACAUUUCCAUUGAACCAAGCGCAGCAAAACUUGGGCCCGUAUGAGCAUGCCCUUCCACCAGUGCCGGCAAGGGUUCCAGCAGCAGUGAGAGGAGAGCAGCCAAACAAUGACCAGGGUCCAAGUCCAGAGAACACACUGAUGGAAUUGAAAGAUUUUGAAAUGGCCAAGAACACUGUGGACAAUCAGAAAGACCGAUUGAGCAUCCUAGAAGAAGACAGUACAGCAAUGAAUGUGGUGGAGAAACCUAGUGGUGUGAGCUCAAUGACCUUUAAAAAAACAUUGCUAAAACCAAUGAUGCGAAAAACAACUGUAAGAAAUACACCUCAGAGGCUGAUGGAUGCUCCGCUUGAACCAGUUCAGUUAAACUUCAAUAACUUGUUUGGGAAGUUUAACGUAAAAGACUAUUAUCCUGUUCACCAGAUUACAAGCAUCUUGAAAGUCGACUCUACACGUUACAUCAAGAGCCUAUAUCUUGAUGGGAUUGAUCAGCUGACCGAUUUAUUCUUUCGCUGCCUCCUUAACGAAUCUGAAAGCACGGACUACAGCCCUGUGAUCACUGACGUCUCUCUGCAGGGAUGCACCGGCAUCACAGACAAGGGUAUUGAUUGGAUGGCAAAAGCACUGGGCAAGACACUUCAUUCGAUAUGUCUCACCGGCUGCCGGAUAACAUCACAAGCCGUCGUCUACUUAUACAACAACAUCAAUAAAGAGAGUCAGGAGGACCAAAUGAUCAGGCUGGAAAUUGCCGGCACCAAAGUGGAUUUUGUGCCGGUGCAGAGGCAUUGGUUCAAAAUGGCCAAGUUCUUGACCUAUGGGUGUCCACUUGUCUUGCCUGUAAUAGGGGAUGUCAUGGAGUUAGUGAAGGAAGGGGCCCAGCUGCCCCUCCAGACCUACAAGGCAGUGAUCAUCAGGGAUGACGGCGUCAAGAUGAGUGUGACAGAAUUUGUAUUCACUCAGACAUUGAAUUUACAGAAUGUGCAACCCUUGACCAUCUGCCCUCAGUGGAAACAUACCAAUGGGUCAUUCUAUAACUUCAUAGAAAGCGACGAGGAUAUAUCCAAUCUGUUCAUCAGUGAGCGAGCACUGUUUAUCAUUCCCUACAAUAGUGAUGAAGACGUCACAACUGCUGAGGAAGCCAUCGUGAGGAAAAUCAUUCACGUAUUAUCAAGAGUUCCACACGCUGUGGUUAUUCUGCUGAGGAUUGGGAAGGGAAACUUGAAGUCUAAUGCUUCAGACAUCCCAGACAGAGUCAAGGCAGCUUUGAAGAAAAUCAGGGAAGAACUUGAGACAGAAACAAAGGAAAUCUUAAACAAUCUAGCUUCCCAGACAUCGUUUGAAAAGCAGCAACAAUCCAGCAAUGCAUUUGCCAUGAUCGACACCAUUGACAAUGUUCACCUGAUUCCUGUUGAUCUGGAUACUGCUACUAAACAGGUACCCCUGGAGUUUGAAAAGGCGCUGGACCAAUUUGAGGAGAAGAUCAACAAGUUCUACCCGCAGUAUGAGCAAGUAGUCAAAGCAUUCUUCGACCUCGCAAACAAAGUUGACCGCAAGGUCGGCAUCGAGAACGCUACUUCGAUGGCCAAGGUGUUGACCAAGACCAAACUUCUCCAUGGCAAUGAGGAUACCUACCUGCGAGCUCUCAAUCUCAUGCAUUUAAUGGGCAAGAUCCUCUACUUCCCCGACCAAGGAACAGACGGCAAGCUGGUGACGGAUCUGCAGUGGUUUGGCAAAGUCCUCAAUGUCAUCUUGACCAAACCUCAGGAGACAGCCAAAGGACGCUUGAUGUGUGUCACACCGCAGACUAGUCUCUGGUCCCCAAAGUCUCUCAAGGACGCCCUCAAGACCAUGGUACAGGAUGCAGAUACUCUGAAAGAAGUAACUGAUUUACUCGGCAAAGAAGGCAUGGUCUACAGCCGUCACUUCCACUUUGUGUGUCAUCACCUCCCAAAACAUACUCACAUGCCUUUUGAACACUACUGGAAAAAUCAAAACUCGUCAAAAGACAGCACUGCAGUCUACACCUACACGUUCUCCCAUACCAUACCAGCGUGCGUCCUGUUCAAGGUGUUUGAAUAUUGCGUCAAGUUGAGACCGCCAGCCGUUGUGUGGAGGAGGGGCAUUCUCAUCCAAGAGGGAGGUGUUGACUGUCUCAUCAGGAUGGCUCAGGAUAAGAAAAGUAUAGUGGUGUGCGGCAGGACCUUUCCGAUACCAGACAUUUCCAACAACAAACAAGCAGACGUUAUCCUUGAUUGCCUCUGGAGUUCAGUAAAACAAUAUAAACUCAUUGUUGAUUACUGUCUCUUCAAAGUCUUCAAGCUUUAUGCCAAGGUCUCAAGGGAAGUAUUCAACAUCCACAGUUCAAUUGAUGCAACAAAUCCAGUUGUUAAAGGGACAUUCCCAAAUGUUGUUCCUUAUCAUCACGUCAUCCACGACACUGUCGACCAACAGAUCAAAGCAAGUUGCGAAUGGUGUGGAAUGCUGGGAGACAAUAUCGAGUCGUUGUGGAGGAUGCACCAGGAACUCCGACCAACAUUCCACUGUCAGCACGUGAAUGUCAUCGAUGAUCAGAACCUCAACGUGUACCGACUGAAUGGUGAGGCCGACAUUAUAUCGUCUGCUUGCAUGACGCCGUACGAGUUUAGCCAUUUUGAUGUCAUCUUGAUGGAGUCAUGUGACUUGCUUGGCAUUGGCAUAAGAUCUUGGCACAAGAAUCCCGGUUUUGAGGUCUUCAUUGUUGGGUGGAAAGUGUUAAUCUCGAAAAACCACGGCCCACACAAGGUUCAGUUUGCUCUACCUGCGGUGCAAAGAACACAGAAGGGGGACACGAUCAGGAUUGCUCUUAUGGAGGGGACAAAGCCAGAUGAGUACGUCUUGGCGGUUUUGAACAACGGCAUUCUUCUCUUCGACAUGAAGGUCCCAAGAGAUGAUUACGUUCCAUUGAUUAAGCACAGUCCCCAAGGCUCCUCGUCAGCGAACAUGGCCGAGUGUGUUGUGGACAUGUCACUUGCUCCGAAGUGGCAGACGCCAUAUCCUACAAAGGGUAUUAAGAUAAAGGAUCUCGAUCUGAAGAAGAACGAGGAAGAGAUAGUCAACAGAAAGGUGGAGCUGCUGGUGAAUCUGCCUGAUGGGAGCCCUGGGGUCUUCCCAGCUACGAUAUCCGGACUUCACGCAGAUGGCAACUCCACCAUGGUCGAAGUAACUGUGGACAUGAUGGUUAACUCGAAGCCAAAGUCAGUUGGCCUCGAUAGUCUCCGGCCUGUUGGUUACACUGAAACUUGUGAUAAGAAUGUGAUGGAUGAAUGCAGGCAUCUCAUAAGUAUGUUUACGUCUAUCUCGCUCAGUUGA